AUGGCGUCGACUGCGGCUGUGCCCUUCUGGAGGUCUGCAGGGAUGACUUACAUCUCAUACUCGAACAUCUGCGCCAACAUAGUCAGGAACUGCCUCAAGGAGCCUCACAAGAGCGAUGCCAUAGCUCGGGAGAAGGUCCAUUUCACCGUUACCAAGUGGUCCGAAGGAAAGCCCGAGAAGCCCAGUAAGAUUCCUACUCUGAACCACCAAUCUUCGGUUUCCAUUCGCUUAGAUCUGGCGGGUGUUUCUUGCGCCGGUGUGGGUCUUUCUUGA